CUGGUGGAAUAUAUCGUCAACGAGAUGCUGAAAUCGGCGACGGAGCUCGUGAACAGCGGGAUGGAAGUAGGGUUUGUGAGGAGAGGCGUCAGGGAAGUGGAAAUGCUUGUGAGGAAACGACUAGACUGGUACUCUGAAUCAGAUUACGAAUUCGUUUCGGAUCUGAUACAAAGGUUGGAUGGGAUCAAGGGCUUGAAAAAGGAAACAAAGAUGGUGCUAUGGAGAAUACAUAUGGCUAUGGAGAUUCAGACAAGAAAAAGGAACAAGAAGAAGAAGCUUAAAGUUGCAAAAGGUUCAUCCAAACUGGUUUUUCUGAAUCCGAGUGGAAAAGACGCAGCCGCUCUCAUCUCUACACUCCUUCAGCUCCUAGAAAGCCAAAAAAAACAAUCUGCGAAUGUUUUUUACUUGUUCUGCUGGGAGUAUUUGCAGAAUGGCUUAGCCGAAAUGAUCUUCAACGUGUAUCAAUGCUCCAUAGAUGCCCCCGAGAACAGAUCGAAAUCGAUUUCUCUCCUUUGUGCCCUUCUCACUCAUUUCGAGGAAAACGAUGUGAACCUCUCUCGCUUGGCCAUCCGGAAGAUCAAACCCCUUCUGAUCUCGAGCCUUUCAUUGCCCGUACCCCGAGAUUCAGACGUCGAGAUUCUGUCAAAAAUCACAUAUUUAGUAGCCCUCGACGCUUUCACGUCAAGCAACAACGGUUGGGACGAGCUCUGCGUGUGUAUCUAUUGGAUGGCAAUGGACGAUCUGCGCAAGGCAUUAUACUUCUUCCGUGACUUGCCUCCGGUUUACGAGGACUUCUUGUUCGCAAUGGUGGAGAGGAUUUUUCCAGAGAUCUUGACCCGUCUGAACCAGGAACGGGGCGAUGCCAAAGAUUGGAGCUUGGCGUUACAAACAGCUUUCAAGAUGGCGAUGCAGCUGUUAGAAUCAUCGAGAAUGGACUUGGCAGAUAAUAUUCAGUAUGCGAUGGUGAUGUGGGCGAGUAAGCUUGUGAGGCAAGAAAAGCAACAGAUUCUGCAACAAGGGCUUGAAGAACUGAGGUGGAUUGUGGAGGAAUACACGAAACAAUACAAGUACGACGCCAAUCAACACAAAUUCGCUUUAGGUUUGGCGUCGAUGAUGGCGAGAAUGGCGGGAGCCGGAAUGGAGAUCAAAGCUGUUGCGAGGGAGAUUUACCAGAUUCUUAAAUCCAAAAAAGCAAAUAUGGAAAACAAGAACGCGUUGCUGAUAGCAGCGAAGAAGGUUCUGGCAACUGAAGACCUCAAACUGAUGCAAGAACUCAUCUCCUCGCUCUUUUCGUCGCCGGAAAACCAACAGAUCCGACCGAGAAACGAGCUGCUUCGGAGAAUCUACCGCUUCUGCUCUACGAGAUUCCCCAACUGUCUGUCUCUGAAACUCUUACGGGUCUACGCUGAUCCAAGAUUCGGAGAGGACGUGAGAAGGAGCUCGAUCGAAUGCCUCAACGUCCUCCUCUCCGUUAACGGAAAAGGAACAGAGCCCUUGUUAGAACUCGUAACCCUCCAAGAACUCUCGCCAUUGCUCAUAUCUUGCCUCGAAGGUCAUGGAAUCCCCGAGAACGCGUUCAAGACUCUCGCCCUGGUCACGGACCGCGUCGCCCGGGAGAUUUUCGUCUGCCACGACAUCGUUUGGCCCAGCCUCGGCACGUUCAUAUCGUCAAGAAUCAAGCCUGAGUUCAAGAAAGCGGUUUACAUCUUCCAGAGCUUGUCAAUGCCAUUGAACGAGGACGAGUUCGUGGCUCCUCUGAUGAAGAAUCUCCUCCCGCCGAUCUUGAAAUGGUUAGACCCUUUGAUGUUAAACCAAGAGAACAACUGGGUAUUGGCGUUCUUGGGUGCUUUCUGCUCGGCGAUUCACAUGCUCGGGACGAGACGGGUCGAUCUGGUAGGUAACAUUGUCUACGAGAUGCUGACUUCAGUGACAGAACUGGUGAAGAGAGGAAUGGAACUAGGGUUUGUAAUAAGAGCCUUCAGAGAGAUGGAAAUGAUCAUGUCGAAACAAUCCGACUGGUACUGCAUCGACGAGUACAAAUUCGUUUCGGGUUUGAUACGAAGGAUGAAAGGGAUUGAGGGGAUGAAGCACAGGACCAAGGCCGUCUUAUGGAGAAUUCAGUUUGUGAUGGAGAUGACCACGGUCAGAUCUGUCAAAGUUCGAGACAACGGUGUGGAUGAUUGGCUCAAUCAGUGCAUUCAGAAUGGAAACUUUUGAGG